GUAAUUCCUCUCUACCCUAAAUCCCUGCAACGCUCUCCAAGCUCUGCCGUCGCCAAAUCUGUUACCCAUAAGCUUUGCUAAAAGAAAUGAUAAAGAGGAGGUUCUAUAAAUUUGAACACGGUGAUAAAGAUAAUGUAUCGGAUUCGUCUUCGUCGUCUUCGGACUCUGAACUUGAAGUGGAAGCCUCGGAAGAAUCUGAAUCAGAACAAGAAGUUUCUGCUCAAGUAAAACAACAUGAUCAAGCUUGCUCCACGUCUUCUGGAUAUGAGAGCGAGGAUAGCUCCGCAAAUGAAGUUGGUGUGGACUCUGCAGGUCUUAUAGAUGAUGAUGAGGAUCCUGAAGAUGAUAAAAAAAUAUUUAUCAACAAUAAGUUGCAUACUAAACACGGUGCUCAAUUACGGGGGGGAAAAUUUCAUACCCCAACCAAAGAAGAACCAAUGCUGGAUGAUUUCCCGUGCUGUAUACUGAAAUGCAAAUCGGUUUUUAAGUGCAAGUUGUGUCCUAGAAUUGUCUGUUUGAAUGAGGAGACUACAAGGGUUCACCUUAAUUCCAAGAGGCAUGCUCGAUCCAAGAAAUUACUCGAGGAAGGUAGACUGAAGACUAUGCUCAACAGUGAUGGGGAAAUUGAGAAUCAGGAAAUCGCUGCAGAAACACGUGCUCCAGUUGAUGCUGUUGCAAAGGAUAAACCGAAAACGAAAAAUAGAGGACGCCAACGAAGGGUGAAAGGUUCAAAAAGAAAGAGAACGAGAGAAGGGUCUACAAAACAUGGAUCCAAAAGGGUGCGUGGGAAUGAAGAUUGAAAUCUUUUAAAAGAGUAGGUUGGAGAGUAAUGUAAGAAUUAAUUUCGGUUCAUCUGCAAAAACAGAGUUAUGUAAUGCAACCAAACCAACCAUAACCUAAGAAAGUUUUGGGUUUCCCAUAUG